GUCUUACACAAGGAAGAUAAAUAUUAAAAAGUAUCAUUUUGGGUGGCUACUUUAAUUAUACGUCCCUUACACAUACUAAGCAAAAAUAUGAUGGGUCUCACUAUCCAAAUGGCUUCUUUUUAUUUUCCUGGCAUUGGCUACAACAUUUGUGUUAAUGAGCACCAUAUCUUUUGAAUCAGUUGGAAGAGCCACAAAGUCAGAAGAAUGCCAAGAUACACAGUGCAUGUGCGAGGAGAAUGGUUAGCUGUGCCUUGUAAAGACGCUUCUGAAACUAUACGAUGGCUGGGCAAGGAAGCACUGAGACGGUACAUUAAGAAUAAGCCAGAUAAUGGGGGUUUUACUAGUGUUGAGGAUGUGAAGUUCUACCUCCGGAGAUGUAAAGGUCUGGGCUUACUUGACCUUGAUGAUAGAAUAGAAGAUUCUUUGGAGGAUAAUGAAUUUGUUGAAGUUGUUGUGGAAGGAGAUGUGAUGUCACCAGACUUCAUACCCUCACAACCAGAAGGGGUUCAUUUAUAUAGCAGAUAUAAAGAACCUGUUGAGUAUAUUCUAAUAGAAGGGGAGAGUUUGUCAACUCAGGACCUACUCAGUUUAGGCAAAGGGCUCUUCAAAAUAAAGCUGACUCCACAAGCUGAAAACAAAGUGCAGCAAUCUAGGCUUCUAAUAGACAGUAUUGUCCAAGAACAAAAAGUGGUAUAUGGAAUCACUACAGGGUUUGGCAAAUUCGCUCGCACCGUAAUCCCAAUAACCAAGCUAAAAGAGCUUCAAGAAAAUCUUGUCCGGUCUCAUUCGGCAGGUGUCGGCAAGCCCCUAAGUCCUGAACGUACCCGUAUGCUAUUGGCUUUAAGGAUCAAUGUCUUAGCAAAAGGAUACAGUGGUAUUUCAUUAGAAACUUUACAUCAAGUCAUCGAAGCUUUUAAUGCAAGUUGUUUGCCAUAUGUCCCAGAGAAAGGGACAGUUGGAGCUAGUGGAGAUCUUGCACCUCUCUCUCAUCUUGCAUUGGGUUUGAUUGGAGAAGGCAAAAUGUGGUCACCCAAGAGUGGCUGGGCGGAUGCCAAAUAUGUACUGCAAGCUCAUGGAUUACAGCCAAUUUCACUAAAGCCAAAAGAGGGCCUAGCCCUUAUUAAUGGAACACAGAUGAUUACAUCCCUGGGUUGUGAGGCUGUGGAAAGAGCCAAUGCCAUCGCCAAGCAAGCUGAUAUUGUUGCUGCUCUCACACUUGAAGUCUUGAAGGGCACAACCAGGGCCUUUGACACAGAUAUCCAUGCUCUGAGACCCCAUCCUGGACAAGUGGAGGUUGCCUUUCGUUUCCGAUCAUUAUUGGAUUCGGAUCAUCACCCCUCAGAGAUUGCAGAGAGUCACAGGUUUUGUGACAGAGUCCAGGAUGCUUAUACACUACGGUGCUGUCCUCAGGUGCAUGGAGUGGUAAAUGAUACAAUCACCUUUGUGAAGAAUAUCAUCACAACUGAAAUUAACAGUGCAACAGACAAUCCUAUGGUUUUUUCGGAACGAGGUGAGACCAUAUCAGGUGGAAACUUCCAUGGGGAAUACCCUGCAAAGGCUUUGGAUUAUCUUGCUAUUGGGGUGCAUGAACUUGCUGCCAUCAGUGAAAGGAGGAUUGAAAGACUGUGUAACCCCUCACUCAGUGAGCUGCCAGCAUUCCUAGUGACAGAGGGAGGUUUAAACUCUGGCUUCAUGAUCGCUCACUGCACUGCUGCUGCUCUUGUUUCAGAAAACAAGGCAUUGUGUCAUCCUUCAUCUGUGGACUCCCUGUCCACUAGUGCAGCCACAGAAGACCAUGUGUCCAUGGGAGGAUGGGCAGCCAGGAAAGCUUUAAAAGUCAUUGAACAUGUUGAACAUGUGCUGGCUAUUGAAUUACUUGCAGCCUGUCAGGGGAUUGAGUUCCUACGCCCACUUCGAACUACAACUCCAUUGGAGAAAGUCUAUGACCUUGUGCGCUCGGUUGUGAGGCCUUGGAUGAAGGACCGUUUCAUGGCUCCAGAUAUAGAAGCAGUUCACAGGUUGCUAGUUGACCUGAAGAUCUGGAAUGUGGCAGAACCAUAUAUUGAAAAAUAUAGAAUGGAGCACAUUCCCGAGUCAAGACCUUCCUCCCCUACAUCCUUUUCAUUGGACUCUGUGUCAUUAAAUAACUCAUGUGCGCAUGUUCACUGUGAUUCUCUGCUCGAUCUCGACGGGUCCUAAUACAAAGUCUAUAUUCAAUGGAAAUGAAUAAAUCAGUUGCUUGUAUUUUCAUGGACAGUUGUCAAAGAACCAUCCCGUGUAUUCUUCAGUACUUGGUUUUGCCAAAUAAGAAAGAAACAGGAAACAUGUUUUGGGAAUCACAAAUUUACACACAUUUCAUUGCACUGGAGCUACAGAUUUGUCUUGUAAUAUAAAACAAGAAAAAAAUAUCAUGUCAAUUAAAGUAUUCUGGAAAUUGUAAA